AUGGCCGCUGUCAUGACACAAACGCAGUCCCCGCGGGCACUGCUGAAGCUGGACUCGAAUGAGACCGAACAGACCGCCACGCAGCCGUUGCUUAAUAGCGCCACCGAUGUCUUCGACAUUACCCCCGAGACUGCGCUGAGCCUGCUCUGCCACAACAUCGAAUACCUGAACACAUUCUUCGCGCAAACGUCCGAAGACGACUCCCACAGCUCUACUCCGGCGGAAAGCCAGACCCCAGGAGAAGGAGAAGCUAUGCCGGUCCACAUCGCGCAUGUGCAUGUCGGAGAGAACUACGCACGGGCAGAAGCCCUUCAGCUCGGAAUCAUCUCCCGGCGGUUCCUGUCGAAGGAAGUGCCCCCGAUCGCACUAAAGGACUACCUCCUGCGCCUACACCGCUAUUGUCCUAUGUCGACCGCAGUCUAUCUCGCUACGAGCGUUUAUAUUACCAAGAUGACCCUGGCGGAGAAGGUGCUCCGGGUGACGCCCCGUAACAUGCACCGGCUGGUCCUCGCAGGGUUGCUGGUAGCUAACAAGGCUCUGGAGGACCGGAGCUUUCGGCACAGUCGGUUCGCUAAAGUGGGCGGCGUCAGCAACCAGGAGCUGUCGAAGCUGGAGAUCAACUUUUGUUUCCUGGCGGAGUUUGAACUACGCGUGGAUGCGGAGAUGCUGAUGGAGGAAGUGCGCGUGCAGGACAGCCGAACUGCGCCGUCGACGGAUUCUGAGCCGGACAGCUCAAUUUAUCCAGCUCAUCUCACUUUCCUGCCCUCGUCGCUUUCCGCUCCUUUCCUUUUCCCGCCUGCCAUCACCACCGGCUUACGGCAGCCGCAGACCGCGACAGAGAGUUCGACUUCACUCGCCAUGUCCAAGCUUUCCUCGUCUGACACCCCGGGCAGCAGUCCGGCCGGUGGGAACUCGGGCACCGCGUCCACCUCAACCUCGAAAGAAACGUCGUCGCCGAACGCCGAAGUCGAAAUGAAGAACAUGCAACCCGAUGGCGCCAAAGGCUCCCUCCCGGUGGAGGAAGAUAUCAUGCAGCUGGCACGGAUGGGUGAGAUUGGUGCCAUGCAGAACUUGUUCACGGCCAAGAAAUUCACGGCGAACCACCGCGAUGAGGAAGGCAUCACUCCGCUACAUUGGGCGGCUAUCAACAACCAGUACGCGAUGUGCAGAUUCCUGCUCGACCACGGUGCCGACGUAAACGCCAAAGGAGGAGAAUCCGUGGCCACGCCGGCCAUGUGGGCGGCCCAACGCUGUCACUACUAUAUCGUUCACCUACUGCUCCACCACGGCGCGGAUCCUCUCCUGACCGACGUGCAAGGGUACAACAUCCUUCACCUGGCGACAAUUGACGGCAACGCAUUCCUGCUCGUGUUGCUCCUACAACAGGAUAUACCCGUGGACGUGGUGGACCAGCAAGGCCAUACCGGGUUGAUGUGGGCCGCAUACAAGGGAUACCCGGCGUGCGUGGAUCUCUUCCUGCGAUGGGGCGCCAACGCGAAUGCGGUGGACGAAGGCGGACUGAGCCCUCUUCACUGGGCGUUGGUCAAGGGCUCGUUGCCCUGUGUCCUGAAGUUGCUGGAAUAUGGAGCGGACCGGUUUACAAAGACAACAGAUGGCAAGUCCCCCACAACGGUGGCUCAGGAGAUGAACACGCUGCGGACAUGGUACCGCGCGCUGAAUGAGCGCGGUUUCGAUGCUGACGGCACCCAAAAGGAGAUGCCGCUGGGGAUGGCCAGUUAUGUGCGCAACAAGAGCCUCAUGGGCAAGUUUUUCUUCAUCUGGCCCUUUUUCACCGUCUUGAUUGCCAUCUGGAUUUUGAGCAACCUGGUGAUCUUCAUUGGCGUCCCGCUCAUGCUGCUGGUGGUAUUUGGGAUGCAGUGGAUGGCGCAGCAAGUUGCGAACAGAGGCCCGUCCGAGUAUCGCGUUCUUCAAAAGACACCGUAUUUAGCCGGUGUGUUUGCCGGAACACUGUUCUGGGUGGGCUUCCGAUAUGUGUUCAAAGUGUUGCCCGCGACUUAUUCCUCGUCUCUCAUCUUGAACAUUCUGUUUGCGGUUUUCUUUGGCUUGACAGCUUAUUUCUACAUCAUCUCGAUGGUCGAAGACCCGGGCUAUGUGCCGAAGCUGAGCAGUCGAAACCAACAGAGGGAGGUUGUCAAGGAGCUUUUCGAGCAGUGGAAGUUUGACGAGGAGAAUUUCUGCGUUCCUUGCAUGGCAAGAAAGCCUCUGCGGAGCAAGCACUGCCGGCGCUGUGGACGCUGCGUUGCGAAGCAUGACCAUCAUUGCCCAUGGAUCGACAAUUGUGUCGGAGCCAAUAAUAUCCGCCAUUUCGUGCUAUACAUUGUCUGCCUUGAAAUCGGCAUCAUCUUGUUUGUUCAGCUUACUAUUGCAUAUAUCAAUACCCUCCCCGCACCUAAGAACGCUAAGUGCAACAUCAUCAAUGACACGCUGUGCGACUACGUGUCUCGUGACACUUUUACACUGGUGCUCAACGUCUGGAUCACUCUGCAGCUCAUCUGGGUGACGAUGCUGUGUGCGGUCCAGCUGGUCCAGAUCUCUCGCAACCAGACGACCUACGAGAACAUGAGAGGCAACUCGAUUGAUCGUUCGUAUCCGAGUUCGCAAGCCUUUGCAUCAGCCAUGACCGCCGGAACCACCUCACUGGACGCGGCUGGCCUCUCAGCUUCCGGCCAGGGCCCCAACCCAGCUCUGGCACAUCCUCAUCCCCCCGGCGGCGACAUGGCUGUCUCCAACAGUGACGGGCUACGCGAGGGACGUGGGUCGUCUCGGCCGCAGAAUCCUUUCUCGCGUGGCCUGCUGGGUAACUGCCGCGACUUCUGGUGCGACCCGGCCCCUCUUUUCGGGAAACGCGAGUCUGGGUCUGGCAUGCUUGGAGGCGAGGUGGUGAACUAUCACCACAUGUACGAAGUCCCGAUGCGCAUGCGUAGUGGAGGCAGUCGAUCGCGCGAGGGACCGGCAUACCGCAGCGUGGCCGACGAGGACCCGGAGCAUAUGGUCUGA